AUGCAUGGUAUAAUACUCUCUGAGGUCGAAUUCGUCGCUCUUCUGGCGCUCAGCCUCUGGUCACCAAGAAUGCACCGCGGCCACGAAAAAGCGGAGCGAAUUGCUAACAACUAUCGAGCACAAAUUUUCUAUGGUCUGCACGAGCACUAUCGGGACGAGCAAAAAAUGGACAACUACGCCAACCGGCUCGGUGAUAUUAUGUGCUUAUUCGUCGAUGCCCAGAUGAACGCCACUCGAAUCGGAGAAGACGUUGAACUUCUGAGGUUGUUCAACAUGUACAAAGUCGAUACCUACAUCUAUGAGUGUCUCAACGGACAUUCGAAGAGACUGUAG